CUUUUUCUCCUUUCGCGUUGUCGGGGGGGCAUUGAUUCUGGAGGGUUUUUUUGCCGGGGGCGGCUCCCGUUGCGGUGGCAGCUGCCGGUUUUUGCCGCCUUCCCCGGCGGCAGCGCCGCGGCGUGGGGUGGGGCGGGCGGCGGUGCUGCCACCCUGUGGGCAGAGCGCGGUAGUGCAGGCGAGCGGCGCUCGGCGGCCGAGCGGCGCUCGGCGGGCACGCCUGUGUGCGGCGGCGGGCGGCAGGGCGGGCGCGGCGUGUCGCGGACGGACUUGACCUUCUCAAGAUGGCGGCAGAAAGGGCGGGACACUGCAGCUUGGCCAAUGAUUGCCGAGCGCGGCCGGAGAGCCGAGUGCAGCCGAGUGCAGCCGAGUGCUGCCGAGUGCAGCCGAGUGCAGCCGAGUGUAGCCGAGUGCAGCCGAGUGCAGCCCGCCGCAGCCGAGUGCAGCCCGAGAGCCGGCGGGAGCCCCGGGUGGCCGCGCGCAGCCGAGUUUCCCCUCAAAGCCGAUCGUCCCCGACUUUCGCCGAACCGAGCCCGCUUCAGCCCAGGAGCCGAAACGAGACCGGUUCAGACCAAAAGCCGAAAUGAAACGACUUCACGCCGAGAGCCGACCCAGGUGGGAGCCGCGAGCACCAUGAGGGGCCGGCCGGCUCCUGCCGGGCAGGGCGCAGUGGCCGGGGCUCUCCCGGCGCGGCGCCGCCCCUGCGCGCCCGAGGAGCCGCCGGAGGAGCCGCCGGAGGAGCCGCUUUCCUGCCGGGAGCCGCGCUCCGUCCGGCGCCGGGAGCGCGGGGAGCGAUAUUGGAAAGCUGUUUCUGUACUCCUGACUUCCCGUCACGCCAGGGACACGUGGCUUGGAGCACAGCAGCCGGAUUCCUCACUUAGCCGUGUCAGCUUGGUGCAGGUUACGAAUUACAGGGUGACUUGGAAACCCAGAAACAAAGGGAAGAAGCUGGAUGGGGAAGAAAGGCUGCAGAGCUUCCUGCAACGGGCUGCGAGCACAAAGAGCGAGGAGGCAGCGCAAGACCGGACUCAGGAAUCGGAACGGUUUUCUUGGGUUUAAGAAGCUCGAAUGGCGCUUCAAGACAUUUAUAUCAGACCUGGUUUAAUUUCAUUACCCUUUUUUUACAUCCACAAAAAAAAAAACCCCAACCCUCCCCCCCCCCCCCCCCCACCUCCAGGAUCCAUCGCUGCUGCUGCCGUGCGUGACGAGAAGCCAUCUUCCCUCUGCCCGGAGCAGCUGAGAGAUGGAGCAGCACCCCAAAGGACUUUCUGCUCAGUGAUUAUAGCUGAGUUUUAGUGGGAAUUCUCUGAGCAAUCUGGUGGAUUGUGCUUGAACGUGGCCGUGAGGGUAGCUGAGCACGGCAGUCCGGAUCUGCGAGCCGCGGUGCCGGAGCUCUUUGAAAGGUCGUGGGGGAUGCAUUCAUUCCAUUGAAUCCCGGCCCUGUGCUGUGCCCAGGCCCUUUGUACAAAGAGGGUACGGGGAGAAACCAGAACUGCACGUUGCUUGCGAUACGUAUGGAGUUUUGAAAGCUUUAGUUCUAGCUAAUAAAAGAAGUUAGUUUGAAAAAAAGCCAAA